AUGGACAAAACUUCAGCAGAGUUACCAACAGAAAUCCUUCAUCAAAUACUCUCGCUUCUCCCAAAUAAAACUGCUGCUCGAACUGCAUUGUUGUCCAAAUCAUGGCUUAAAGCAUGCUCUACGAAACCCCAUCUCUGUUUCGAUAUAUCUGAUCCCAUAGAAUAUCGAGCUCAUGAAUUCCUGAGAAUUGUAGAUAAUACUUUGGAAAGGUAUCACCGCGAUAAUAAUCUACCUAUUUCAUCUUUUGAGCUUUGCAUCUCCUUUUAUGAUCACAUUUAUUGUGAUGGUCUAGUUGAUAAAUGGUUAGAUAUUAUAACAGAUAAAAGAGCUUCAAAGGUUUCACUUUUUGUGAAAAGCAAAGCUAAAGAAUAUUGUGAAAGAUAUAAUUUGUUUGUUCAUAACAUAUUUAAGAUGAAAUUCAUACAACAUUUGGAGUUAAAUCAUUGCCAAAUAUUACUAGCGAAACGAAAAGCACUCUUUUAUGAUGAUAAAAUUAAGUGUGAUAACCUGAAAAACAUAACCUUGUGUUAUGUUACCAUUUCUCAAUUAGCACUUGAAAGCCUGAUUUCAUGUUGCCCUCAGAUUGAGAAGGUAUCAAUACAAUACUGUGUCGGGUUCAAUAGCAUUCGUGUUUCAAAAACUCUUCCUAAACUUGUGUGUUUUAGUAUCUUUUGCUGCCCAAUUGUGGAAGUUGAAAUUGUUGAUGCACCAAAACUGCUAUCUUUCGAAUAUGUGAACAAAGGUGAUUCCGUGCCUUAUUUAUCUAGUGAUAAUCUUCACAUAUGUUUGCGAAUAAUAGAGAUUGGUACUUGUCAAAAUCUCAGAAGGGUAGAAUUUGUGAAGGUCACAGUUGAGUAUUGGGAUCUCUUCAAGAUUAUACAAAAAUUACACUCCGUGAAGGAGUUAAUUUUACACUACUGUAGGUACUUGAGAAAAAUAAAAAUCUCAAGUUCAACACUCGAGGUUUGUAGCAUAGUUCAGUGUGAUUUAGUAGAGGAAGCCAUUUUUGAUACGCCCAAAUUACUCUCCUUAGCCUUCUCCGAUCAAGAUAGACUACCUUCUUUAUCUUUUGAAAGGGCUCCAAGCCAAUGCAGAGUUUCCAUAAACAUUGACAUUUUAUGGGACGUUCAGCACCUCAUGAACUUACGGAGAUUUCUAGUUGAGUUGGGUGAUCAAGUUGUAGAUUUGACGUUGUCUACAUUCUCUAAAAGCUUGAUUUUACCAAGAGGAGUGUAUCAUCUUCCCACACUUGAAGUUGAGCAUUUGGAACUAUCUUAUAGUGAUAUUACAACCGCGACAUAUUCAUCUUAUAACUAUGAUGUCAUCUUCGCAAUUUGUAUGCCCAAGAUUUUAACGUUACAGUGUGACAAGAAACUUAAAAAGUUUCUACGUCAACAAUGGUUGAAGAAGAGAGAAAAUAGAUUUAUCAAAUGUACUUGGAAAAAGUAUCUCAUAAAUGCUGAGAUAGAGUACAAGAAAAGGAACGGAGACGAUUGGAUGACCCUUGAUAGGAAGAUACUGAUAGCUGACCCGCAUAUUAUUGAAGAGAUCUAUACAAUCCGCUUCAAGCAAAUUCAAAGAAAUGAAAAAAAUAAGUAUUCAUAUAUUCCAAGAUGUAUUCCGAGAUGGUUAGUUCAUUGA